AUGGAGGGGGAUGUACAUGAACUGAUCCAGCAACUGCCACCAUCUGAUGACCUGUUGGAGUACUACCGUACCAAGACAGACCAGUUCCAGCGCCGACUGGACCAACUGGCUGAUAAGCUAGACCAGUACCGGACGUCCGUCGCCGACGCGCGCCAGCUGCAGGCCGAACUGACCGAGCGCGACGCGGAGGUGGCACAGCUGCAGCUGGCUGUUAGCGACAUGCAGGUGUAUGUGUUCCAGGAGCGCGACCAGGUGCUGCGGCUGCACGCCGAGAACGACCGGCUUAAGAUUCGGGAGGUGGAGGACCGGCGCAAGAUUGAUGUGCUCCUCUCGCUGUCGGGUACCACCGAGUCCUCGCUCACCUACUUCAUCAAGGAGCUGGACGAGGGGAAGCUGAUACGACAGCAACUUCCGCCCCAGCUACAGCAGUACGCCAAGCAGCUGGAGCAGAGUCGGAAGCUGGAAGGUGUUUCUGUCCGCUGUCUGGCCGCUGUUGAGAGGGCGCUUCUUCGGUCGCUGGAGGUGGGCUGUCUGCGCGCCCAACUGGAGGGGCGCACGCGGCUGGCGCGCGAGGAGCGCCAGGCACUGCUCGAUGACCGCCGUGUCAGUGCCGAAGAACGCCAGGCCGAGCGUGCCAAACGCGACCAGCGGCUGGCCACUUACAACGAGAAGCUGCACGAGACCCAGAAGCUGCUUUACAGCACCAGCCGCGACCUACUGCGCCUGUACUCCGAGCAGCAGCAGCAGGAGCGUGUCUGGAUGGCCGAGAAGGACCAGCUGCUGCGCGAGCGCUGA